AUGAAUUUAUUGCAUUAGAAGAGAUCCAAUUCAAAUCAAACUCUACUUAAACAACAAGCAAGAAUCACUAGAAUUCAAAAAUAAAGGGAACCCAAUUAACAUCUAGUUAAAUAGAAAUCUUACUCUAUUUUAUAAUUUUAAAUGGAAAAUGAUGGCAAAAUAUGUAUACAAACAAAUAGAAGAUUAAUAAGAUCAUAUUCUGCUUAUCGUUAAAAUGAUAAAAAAGAUGUUAAUAAUCACUUAUUUUUAAAGAACAACUCAUAAUUAUUAUAUUCCCCUCCAAAAAUCCCUUCUCCUAAACAUUCUGUAAUGUUGCAAAAGAAAACUGUACUCACUAAACUUCCUUAGAAUGUCAGAAAAUCUUAACAAUAUUUAUUAAAUGACAUUUUAUCAAAUAAACCAAUCAAUCAAUAUGUAACUAAAAGAACUCAAAUAGAAAAGCCACAUCCUUAAGUAAAUUCUUAGAAAGUGUCUCCAUCACCAUCUACUUAUCCUUUGUAUAAUUAAUAUUAAUAUAAAACAAGAUUAUUUUCUGAAAUUUAAAAGGAUCCAUUGAAAUACUUUCAUUAAGCCCAAUAAUUUUCCAUUAUAUAUAACUAAACCUAUUUACGUAAGUUACUCAAAAUUGAUCAAAGACAAUGA